GGAAGUCUCGGAGCGUCCGCGGCGCUGCCUGAGCGGGGCGGUGGCCACGAAGUCUUCAGAGCCAUUCCCUGGCUGUUCUUGGUGGCUUCCGCUGACCCCCACCUCUCCUCACCCAGACGCCGGGCUGAGAAUGGCUCGUUUCGCUUUAACCAUUGUCAGACAUGGAGAAACAAGAUAUAACAGAGAGAAAAUAAUUCAAGGACAACGUGGAGAUGUACCUCUUUCAGAAACUGGUUUUAGACAAGCAGCUGCUGCUGGUGAAUUUCUUAGUAAUGUGAAGUUUACUCAUGUUUUCUCGAGUGAUCUCAUGCGUACAAAACAGACCACUGCCAUGAUUUUGGAGAAAAGCAGAUUUUGUAAAGAAGCAACAGUGAAAUAUGAUACAAGACUUCGAGAAAGAAAAUAUGGAAUUGUAGAAGGCAAACCUCUGUGUGAAUUAAAGGCAUUGGCCGAAGCAGCUGGGGAACAGUGCCCUAAUUUCACACCCCCCGAAGGAGAAACAUUAGAUCAGGUGAAAUCACGAGCAAAGGACUUUUUUGAAUUUCUUUGUCAACUGGUGUUGGAUGAAGCGGAUCAGAAAGGACACCCCACGUCAGGAAUAAUAGACAGUGGCCUGGAGGCCUUUCUAACAGAAACAUUUCCAUUAGGAAGCAAUUGUGGACCUGAUCUUAAUUCAGACAGUGUUGCCCAAGUGUUAGAUGCUAAUAUAUUGGUGGUAAGUCAUGGGGCUUACAUGAAAAGUAUGUUUACUCAUUUUGUGGUUGAUCUGGAGUGUAUCUUACCAGCAAAUCUAAGCAAAUCUGAAUUCAGUUCAGUCAGCCCCAAUACAGGGAUCAGUCACUUUAUAAUAAAUAUAGAACAAGAUACUAAAGGAAUUAAAACAACCAUGAAGUGCAUUUGUAUUAAUCUGCAGGAUCACCUAGCCAAAGUGACAGAAAGUGCCUAGGCCCAAAUAAAUCAUUAGGAUUUUCAUA